UAGAACCAGAUUCUGGUGUUGAAUAGCCACGAGCCACAGGCCUUUGGGGAUGUCCCACUGGAUUAACCUCCUGCUGGCCACAGUGUAUGUGUGUGAUCGGGAGUAGGGGAGCAGGGGAGCAGUCAUAAGGACACUGAGAGAUGCUUUCCUGUAGGCGCUGCCCUUUUACUAGGGUGCGUUGCUGUUACUAUGGCAAUGACGGCAGGGACCACGACAACCUUUCCUAUGAGCAACCAUACUCGGGAGAGAGUGACUGUAGCCAAGCUCACCUUGGAGAAUUUUUACAGCAACCUAAUUUUGCAGCAUGAAGAAAGAGAAACCAGGCAGAAGAAAUUAGAAGUUGCCAUGGAAGAAGAAGGAUUAGCAGAUGAAGAGAAAAAGUUACGCCGAUCACAACAUGCUCGCAAAGAAACAGAGUUCUUACGUCUCAAGAGGACCAGACUUGGCUUGGAUGAUUUUGAGUCUCUGAAAGUUAUAGGAAGAGGAGCUUUUGGAGAGGUGCGGCUGGUCCAGAAGAAAGAUACAGGUCACAUCUAUGCAAUGAAGAUAUUGAGAAAGGCUGAUAUGCUUGAAAAAGAGCAGGUGGCUCAUAUCCGAGCAGAAAGAGAUAUUUUGGUUGAAGCAGAUGGUGCCUGGGUGGUGAAGAUGUUUUAUAGUUUUCAGGAUAAGAGGAACCUUUAUCUAAUCAUGGAAUUUCUUCCUGGAGGUGACAUGAUGACAUUACUAAUGAAGAAAGAUACUCUGACAGAAGAGGAGACCCAGUUCUACAUUUCAGAGACUGUUCUGGCAAUAGAUGCCAUCCACCAGUUGGGUUUCAUCCAUCGGGAUAUUAAACCAGACAACCUUUUGUUAGAUGCCAAGGGUCAUGUAACAUUAUCUGAUUUUGGUUUGUGCACGGGAUUAAAGAAAGCUCACAGGACUGAAUUUUACAGAAAUCUCACACACAACCCACCAAGUGACUUUUCAUUUCAGAACAUGAACUCGAAGAGGAAAGCAGAGACCUGGAAGAAGAACAGGAGACAGCUGGCAUAUUCCACAGUUGGGACUCCAGAUUACAUCGCUCCAGAAGUGUUCAUGCAGACCGGUUACAACAAACUGUGCGACUGGUGGUCGCUGGGAGUGAUCAUGUAUGAAAUGCUGAUAGGAUAUCCACCUUUCUGCUCUGAAACACCUCAAGAAACCUACAGAAAAGUGAUGAACUGGAAAGAAACUCUAGUAUUUCCUCCAGAGGUUCCUAUAUCUGAGAAAGCCAAGGACUUAAUUCUCAGAUUUUGUAUUGAUUCUGAAAACAGAAUUGGAAAUAGUGGAGUAGAAGAAAUAAAAAGUCAUCCCUUUUUUGAAGGUGUAGACUGGGGGCACAUAAGGGAAAGGCCAGCGGCAAUUCCUAUAGAAAUCAAAAGCAUUGAUGAUACUUCAAAUUUUGAUGACUUCCCUGAAUCUGAUAUUUUACAACCAGUGCCAAAUACCACAGAACCAGACUACAAAUCCAAAGACUGGGUUUUUCUCAAUUACACCUAUAAAAGAUUUGAAGGGUUGACUCAACGUGGCUCUAUCCCCACCUACAUGAAAGCUGGGAAAUUAUGAAUGAAGGUGACAUUCGCCCACAACCAAGAGAACUCAGGUAGCUGCAUCAGCAGGCUUGCUUGGCUAGAUAACAAUACACUGAAAUACUCCUGAAGACGGUGGUGCUCAUUGACUACAAGAGGAAAUUCUACAGGAUUAGGAUUUCUGAGACUACUACAGUAAUUGGUUGGCAGUGCCAGCUGGCUUUUUUUUUUUUUUUUUUGAAUAUUUUAUUAUUUUUGUUAAUUUUAUUAUAUGAAGGUACUGGAAUAAAAGGAGCGUACAUCCCUUUCUAACUGCACUGCCUACAUGCGUGUUAAGGUCCAUUCUGCCUGUGUGUGCUGUGGCUUUGAACUGUAACACCUCUAAUCAAUUCAGGAGAAACACAUAUCAAAUAAAGCAGCAUAGGCUAACCUGUAGGGAACACUGCAGUAUCGCUGUUUCACUGCAAAUCUUAUGGGUCUAGAUCAUCAGUAAAAGCCAUCUUCCAUAGUUGAUGUUAGAACAUUUGCCCUGUUGGUUUGGACACCUGUAGAAUAUAUACAAAGACAAUUUCUGUAAUGGUUUUAAGAAAUUAAAAAAGAAAUACACUGGUUCUUUAAAAAAUAGAGCUUUUUUUCAGUUAUGACACAAACUCCACAGUAGGGAGUGACAAGUUGUUAAUAAGGAAGAGGAAGUUGAACAUCUUCACUCAAGCACUCCACUGAUACAUUUACUUUGCAUUCAGAAAUACUGAUGACUUUUAUAAAUGUAGUCUGUAUACUCAUAGGGAGAUGUACUGUAUUAUAGAAAAUGUAAAGUUGCUUUUCUUGUGACAAGAGGACUUCUUUUUUAAUGAGAGGACAUGGCAUUAUUUUAAUUUGAUUACAGUGAGUUGAAUUUAUGAAAUGACCAUGAAGGCUGCUUGUAGAACUAGUGUAUUUUUAUUAAACUAUUUUUUUAAAUGUCAAACUUCUGAUCAUGUAAAUGGACUUGUAGAGAACAAAGAACUAUUUCCUUUGGUUUUCUAGGAAGUGUUACAUAUCAUGACUAGUUAACUUUUAUUUCUUUUGAUGAAGAUUUUUCCUUCGAUAGCACUUGUAUUAUUGUGCCAUUAUUUUCUUAUGCUCCAAAUGUACCAAAGAUCCUGAACUGAGUGGAUGUUCACAGCUGAGUAGAAUUUCACUUUCCUGUGGGAAUGCUGUAUUCAGACAUGACAGAUCUUUGAUAGAGGGCAGCUUAUUCUAAGGCAGGGUUGUUCAUGUUUAGCUGCAUCACUGUGGUUCAUUCAGAUGGAACUGAGGACGUAACUGCAGGCCCAGGGUUGUGAUGAGCAGCUAGGAGAGAGAAUAUUAGCAUCAAAUU